AUGCCGACCAUUGGAUUCAACGUCGAGACGAUAAACCAUCCCGCCGGCUACGCCUUUACCGUGUGGGAUGUCGGAGGGUGCGACAAGAUUCGUCCGCUGUAUCGACACUACUUUCAAAACACCGAGUUUGUCAUUUUCGUCCACCACUGUGCCGACAUGGAAAGACUUGAUGAGCAGCUGGACUUGCUCAAGAGCUCGAUUCGCGACGACCAACUGCGUCAUGUGCCGGUUCUCAUCGUGCUCAGCGUGCAGGAUCUAAUGGUGGCGGCUACAAAGACCGAGGACAUGGCAAAAAUCAAGGCGGCGUAUGAGAGUCUCGCUGCAUCAUGCAAGAGGCCAGCAGCGAUCAAGAUUUUCGACUGUCCUGGAUUUUCUGCCACGACUAGCGAGAACCCGAGCACAGUCCUUGAUGAGGUCGUCGAGAUGCUCAGGGACAAGCAUGGCAGUGCUCAAGUCGUACCACCACAAGCGACAAAAAAGCCGGAUACAAAGGCCGACACUGCUGCCUCGAAUGCUUCAGAUGAUGAUGAGCGAGCAAAGACAAUGACAGGGGCCGAUGGCAUGACCACGGCCGACUUUUGGCAGGCGUUUGCAGACGGAUCAGUGGCGCCGUGGGAUCAUUACAAUCAUCUCAAAGCUGGUUUCUUUGUCCUGAUUGGAGCCUUUGAACAGGGAAACGGUGUUCUUGAUGCAGCAGACACGUUUGUCAGUCAUCUGGAACGCUUGCGAGCGGGAAACCCGCAGCGCUUUCGCAACACGACUCAUCGAACGAUGACGGUGUUUUGGUUGGCGCAGCUUCAAAUUGCCGCCGCCAACUAUAUCAAUAGUCUAGACACCAGCAGGGCGCUGCAGAGGGAAGAUUUCAAAAGUGUCCUCUUGCACAGUCCCACACUUGCCGAUUCGAGGCUCUGGACGAGAUAUUAUUCAAGGGAUUAUUUGUUUACCCAAAAUUCCAAAGACCAUUGGUGUCUGCCGGAUCUGAAGCCUCUCCCAUCUGUCGCGACGACAAAGCGACGACAAUCCAAGUAUGCGCCACCAGCCAUAGCGGCCGAUGCAGACCGACUUAUUGGGUUUGGCCUGACCGUGGUCCAGCAAACACUGGCGUCCAAGGCGCGACGCGGUCCGAUCGUCAAGGCAGCCUUGGCUGCGCUGCAGGCCUCGACGAUACGGGAGCGCGCAGUCACUACGGGAAUAUCGCCAUACUCGGAGACGCAAGCUUAUUUCUGGGUCCAAACAGUCCAUGCAGCAGUCGCGACUGCAACACCAACGUCUCAGAGCAAUGGCUUUGCGUGGUCUGGAUCGGUCGAGUCGCUCACGCUGCAGGCAUUAAAGGCCCUGUAUGGCAUUACCGGCGACGAAUGGCGGGCGCACUAUUCAGCGAAGCUGUGGGAGAGCGUAGAGGCGCGGAUGCAAUUUCGGCCCCCGGAUAAGAAACCGCUUCCGAAUGUGAUUGCAGUGUCUGGUCAGACUGGAGUAGUUGCUGCGCGAGCUGCCAUGGUGCAGAGAUUUGUGGCAGAUCAAGAGCCUCGUUCGAAACUCCCACCAUUCAGAGACCUUGCUGUCAUGGCAGCUGUACUCGCCCAAGAGAUCAAAGACGGCUCCGCAAGCAGCCAUGGAGUCAUGCUACAGUCCCUUUUUGAGCUUUUGUAUUCAAGAGACGAGAUGAAGCAGCACACGGAUGCCAACCACAAGAGACAGUCGCAGGUCGUUUCGAAAGCCCUCGAGCUUCCUUGCGCCGGUGUAGAUGGUCUGACGCAAAGAAUGUUUUGGGUACAGCAGAUUCUUCACUCUCUUGUGAGCUUUGAGGGGACCGAGUUUGGGGACUUUAUCCGCUCGAAUGUGCAUCUGGCAUACAAGGAGCUUCCGUUGGUGUAUUACUCGCCGAUGCUGUGGGAAACCAUGGAGUCGUUUACGAUCAAGACGCCGUGCUCCAGCGCCAACAUUGGCCCCGGCUUCGACGUCAUUGGCCUGGCCCUGUCCAUCUACCUCGAGCUGCGGGUGACUGUCGACCGCGGCAAGACGCGCUCCGAGGCGCCGCUCAACUGCCGCAUCACCUACGAGGGCCAGGGCGAGGGCGGCGCCGACAUUAGCCUCGACCCCCAGAGCAACCUCAUCACGCGCGUCGCCCUCUACGUCCUGCGCUGCCACGACCAGCGCGCGUUCCCGGUCGAGACGCACGUGCACAUCAAGAACCCGAUCCCGCUCGGUCGCGGCCUGGGCAGCUCCGGCGCGGCCGUUGUUGCCGGCGUGUUUCUGGGUCGCGAGCUCGGCGGCCUGCACCACCUGGAUAACAACCGCCUCUUUGACUACUGUCUCAUGAUUGGCACACAUCCGGAUAACGUAGGUGCUGCGCUGUUUGGUGGCUUUGUCGGCACAUAUCUGAUGCCGCUCAAACCCGAGGACGCCUCGCGCAUCGAGGUCCCGCUCAGCGAGGUGCUGCCGUCCCCGGCCGGCGGCGUCGACACGGGCAAGAAACCCCCGGAGCCGCCCGUCGGCAUCGGCCACCGCAUCGAGUUUCCCUGGAACAAGGAGAUCAAGGCCGUGGCCAUUGUGCCCGAGUUUGUCGUGCCCACCGCCGAGGCACGCGCGGUGCUGCCAGAAAAGUAUGCCCGCAACGAUGUGACGUUUAACCUGCAGCGCAUCGCCCUGCUGCCCGUGGCGCUGGGCCAGUCGCCGCCCGACCCGGAGCUCAUCCACCUCGCCAUGCAGGACCGCAUCCACCAGCCCUACCGCCAGACGCUCAUCCCGGGCCUCUGCCAGGUCGUCGAGUCCAUGUCGCCCAAGACCCAGCCGGGCUUCCUCGGCGUGUGCCUGUCGGGCGCGGGGCCGACCAUCUUGGCGCUGGCCACGUCCAACUUUGAGGAGAUUGCCAACAAGAUUAUCGAAAAGCUCAAGUUCCACAACGAGAAUAAGGAACUAGAGUGUCGCUGGAUGGUGCUGGAGCCAGCCAAGGGCACAGAGGUCAUUCGAUCAUGA